AUGUCAUCAAGACCAGUGUCAGGUUGCACAGGACGCCAUGGAUCGGACCAAAAGGACACGUCAACCACUCGCCGUGGAAAUUGUCUCAUGCACUGCACCUACAACGCCAGGACAGUCUCCACCAAAGCCGAUCUUCACGCGAUUCUCGAAGCUGCAGGGCGCAUCAACUACCACGUAAUCGCCUUGCAGGAAACAAAGUCCAGGAAGACAGACGUGAGGCAGAUGAGUGAUUUCACACUCAACAUUCGUGGUGAGAAAGUUCCAUCACGAAACGUUAGAGAUUUGCCGUACACCCAUCUGUUGUCCAACUUGUCAUUCGCAUGA